CUAAAGUUACUUCUGCUAUAUAUGUAUACUGCUCUAGCAUGACCUAACUCCUUCCUGCGACUUUUCGGGUGGUGGCAAUUCCCACAAAUGUCGGGAACAAGUUCUGUGCACACCCACGAGGGCCGAAUAAGCCAUAGGGACAUCAGGGCCAGCAGCUCCCCAAAGAUAGCACCCAGCGAAUCAACAGUGCGCUCUGGGUCACGAAGGAGGCAUUCUCCUUCCCCUAGCGAUCGCAGCAAUCGACCAGACCAGUCCACUUAUAGCCAUUCUGUUCGCGACAUGGUGAUAGAUUCUGAAGCCUCCAGCCCUUCCUACCGGCGACAUGGGGAAGAAGGGCGACGCGUGCGCCAUGGAGACUACAGCGACGACGACCGGCGCCGGCGCCAGGCAUCGGAUGAAUCCUACUAUAGUCGCAGCGAUGACCAAUACUCUUCCGACUACGAAUCAGAUGAAAGCGGUUCCGGUCGCGAUUCGUACAGCGGUAGCUACGACAGUCGUGGUAGCCCCAGCAUGACCCACACGAGCACAUCCUACGAAUCACAUGACAGAAGGGGCCAGAGAUACCAGGGCGACGUCAGCACAUGGGGCCGCAAGAGGAUUGACAGCCGGGACGUCUCGAAUAGCGAGAGCGAAUACACGCUAAGCAGCGGCCUCAGCCCCCGGGGGUCGGAGGCAGACACUCGUGCGGCGUUCAACACGGAGGAAGCCACCAGAGCCCUGGCAUACAACGCGGGUCUGUACGGUCGGGCGCAAACCAUGCGGCGGGAAGGCACGGCGCCAAAGACGAUGGGCAUAGCGGACGACCUGCCCAACCGCUUUGCUCUGGAGCAGCUCAGCGCGCUGGCGGGUAUGGCCAGCAAGGUCCAAGCCGCCAUCGAGCACAAUCGUGCGGUGUUCGCCAAGCGGGUGCGCAUGGAGGACCGCGCCAUGAUGAAGAAGGCGUUCGACGCCUGGCGGGCGGCGAGGUACGGCUCGGUGGCCAAGCAGCAGCUGCUGCGGCGCGCCAUUGCGCGGCUGCAGCGCGGCAUCCUGGCGCGGGCCUUCCUGGCGUGGAAGGACAAGUUCCACCUGGUGGAUAAGUAUCUGGCCAUGCGGAGAAAGGUGACGGCCACCAUCAACCGGGGUCGGCUCAAGCGCAGCUUCCUGGAGUGGCGCCGCUUGUGCGAGGAGCGCUGGUGGAAAAACCAGCUGGGGGCCCGGGACGCGCAGAUCCACGCGCUGGAGCGGAAGGUGGAGGGCUUCGAGCGGCGACCCAUCGUGGUGAUCCGAAGACGCAAGCUGUACGCGCUCAUGGAGGCUUGGUUUGCUGCAAGCGUCAACCGGCGGCGCAAGCGGCUCCGGCGGUUGAAGGCGGUGAUGCACUGGAGAAACGCGUCGUACAUUAAGGCCUGGAACACCUGGCGCGGAUUCGUGGAGGAGAGCAUCCGGCGUCGCAACCUGAUUAAGAAGACGGCGCUCAAGGUUAAGAACAUCCACAUGGUGUCCGCCUGGAACAAGUGGUACGAGGCGGUGCUGGCGCGGCGCGAGGAGGACGCCAAGCGGGGCCGCGCGCUGCGCUUCUGGCUCAAUGCGACGCUGGGCAAGGCGUGGAACCAGUGGCGCGGCUACGUGGAGUACCGGCGGCAGUACAAGAUCAUCAUCGCACGCUGGAAGAACCCCAUGCUGGCACGAGCGCUGCGCGGCUGGCUGGCCAUGGUGGAUUGGCAGAAGCGCAUGCGGCUGAUCCUCAAGCGCGCGGCGCUGCGGCUGACCAAGAAGCAGCUGGUCAUGGCUUGGGAGGCAUGGUGGCAGGCCAUUGAGGACCGCAAGAUCGAGGAGCAGCUGACCACCAAGGAGCAGCUCGUGGUGGCGGUGAAGGAGCUGCGUGAGGAGAACGAGCGCCUGCGCCGCGACAAUGAGCGCUUCGUACGCCUCAUCGACAGCGGCGAGUGGGGCCGCGGGCGAGUGGCGGAGCUGGUGUCGGCAGGCGAGAUCCUCAAGGGCGAGCGCGACGCGCUGCUGAAGCUCAUCCAGAGCCUGCGGCGCGAGUACGAGGCCGUGCAGCAGGCCAAGGUGAACCAGGACGAGGAGAUGCGCGCGCUCAAGGAGCGCAUGAUGCUGGGGGGCGCCGCUCGCAACCGCAUGCUGGUCAAGGGCGGCAGCAGCUUCAACGCACUGGUGCGGGCCAUGAAGCAGGACCUGGUGGAGGGCGGCGUGGGCGCGCAGGCGGCGACACGGGACCCCAACGUGCUCUACCAGGUGGACAAGCUGUCAAUGGACCAGGUCACCGUCUUCCCGGACGGGGAGCUCAAUGUGCAAGCCGUGGCAGGGGUGCCGACCGCAGCGGCGUUUGCCCGGCCCGUCAGCGCAGGCCGUGGCUUGCGCAACCCAUCCGUUGGCCCCAGCCCUCCCCCUCAACCCAUGCGCAUGCCCUCCGGGUUUGGAAACCUAGGUGCGGGCGCUGGCCCGUCAGGAUCCCGCAUGGGCGGGCCCUCAGCCGCGGGCCCGUCGGGGAGGCCCGGUGCGGCGCUGGCCCUGGGUGCCGCCCCGGGCGGCGGCCGCCCAGUGAGCCGGGAGGAGGUGGUGGCGCGGCUGCAGAGCCUGUCCAAGGAGGAGCUGGACGGCUUUGAGGCGGCGCUGAGGGCGCAGAAGGCGGCGGCUGGGCGAGCUGGCGGGGACCCGGGCCGGCCGGGGGGCUUGGCAUCCACGUCCCCCGCGUACCGGUGAUGUGGAAGCGGGUCGGAAUGGUGCUGAGUUGCUGGGUCGGCUAGGGUCAGGAGGGCUGGAGUGAGGGGAGGACGGAGGAGAUGACGGGAUGCAGUACGUCACGUCCACUGCAGAGGUGGGAAGGGCACCUGGAUGUCCGUCGUAACGGUAUGUUUUGCUCUGGGGACGACCGACGCGCUGGGAGACUGUGCAUCACAUGGGUUUAGGACGGUUGCCGAUGGCACUGUUGGGGAGCCGGACGGCUCCAGCAUCCUGCGCUUGCGUGCAUGAGCUAUGUUGCCGUGUCUGUCGUGGUGAGAUGAAGUCGUGGCCUGGGAAUGGGGCUAAGGUGUAUAGGGUUCCCAUAGCGUCAUAGGACUGAACUGUAUCAUAGCAUAUAUGUCAGAAUUGCGUUCAUCGCUGUGUUGACACACGUGUGGGCUGCGAAGGACUUUCGUACAUAGCGACGUGACAUGUGACUACUAAUGCUAAGUUAAUUCCUACCCUGGAACCUAAGGGCUAGAUUGCAAUCAGAAUUUCCUACGAUGCUGUGACACCGUCGGAUUCCGUUAACAUCUAAAAUGCAAUAUGGCGCAACACCCAGGUGUUUUAAGAUUGAUGUGAAUUCAGGAUGGUAGAAGGGCCCACGCUUACAUAGAAAUCUAACCCUCAGCGGGUAAGUUGGAAGCUGCGGCGCACUCCGGUCUUGUACGAAUUAAUUGGGUGCUUGGCGAAGAAAGCGCACCUUAAUUGCCGAUUCAAGCGCGCAUGCCAAACCAACCACGACCAAUGUUAGCUCUGAAAUGUAAAUACGGAUUGUGC